CUUGAACCGUCUUAAACUAUCUGAAAAUUCUCAAAUUUUAAAUAAACUAUUUCUCGCCUAUGAGACUAUUCAAACCACAACUAUGAUCAAUUUACAACAUGAUAACUCAACUCGUCGUGAACAGAGACUUGAUUUAUCAGUGGUCCCAGGGAAAAAUAUUGGCUGGUUUCGCUUGGGAACGUCGGUAUGGGACAUUAUAAAUUUUUUGAGAGAACAAUCUAGAAUCAUUCCUUCUGUAGACUUGAAAUAUACUGAUGAGUCUCCAAUCAUGACAGAUUUAUUUCUCUCAUUACCGGCAAAUGGAAUUAAUAUGCGUUUCGAUGGUCCAACCCAGAGAUUAAAAUCAAUCGAAGUAAAUGAUUUCUCAAAAUUACGAUUAACCUAUCAGGAUAGUGAAGUUAGUCCUACUUACCCUGGGGAAUUAGAUAAGACAAAAAAUGAAUAUACGUUAAGUUAUCCGGGUGUAUCAUUUGUUUUUCCUAUUCCUGAAGAACAUAUUUCUUUAUUUGUUUCCUCAACUGAUCUUCCUUUGGAAUUACCUGAUGGCACAUCUCCUUUACUUUCUCGUCUACACACUUAUCAUGGUGCCAAUUUUCGCAACGUUACAGCGCCUCCGUUGCUAAGGAAUGCCAACCCUGAAAAUAUAGGAUGUAAUGGGGAUCUUGGUGAAGUUGAAAGUAUUGUUGCUGAGCUAAAACGUGGUAUUACUGUGAAUUUUUUGGCUAGAAAUAAUUCAAAUCAAAUCUCUGUCGAAAUACUUUUGAAUGUGACCACACCACAGGAUCUUAUUGUCGAUAUAGGUUCUCCUCUCAGAAUAUUUUACAAGGAAGAAGACAAAAUGCGAAUACAUUCAAAAGAUAUUGGCAAUGAUAGUGCUGAGGAUGGUGAUAUUACUUCUAACAAUACAUUGUCUAAUGGUGUAGAAAAUCACAAAAUAAUAUUGCAUGGUAACGUGCCUGGUCAUUAUGAUUUUCAAAGAUAUAAACGUUGUCCUUAUAAAAUAUUAUUGCAACAAAAAAUAACUUCAAAUUAUGAUGCUGAUAAUGAAGUUGCUAAACUAGAAGUUUUUGGUGAAGAUGAUGAUAUUCAAUCAACAUCGGUGUCGACCCAAAAUGGAAUUAAUUAUAUUUCAUCAGAAAUGAAGAUCGAUAAAAUUACUGAGCUCAUAGGACCACCCUCCGGUCGGCCGUUAAUUUUUAAUCGAGGGGCCGGUGGUCAGAAUCCAUUUGGUCCAACUGAAUUAAGUGGUUAUGAUGGUGCUGUAUUUGAGGUAAUGAAAAAUGGACAUGUGGCUACCAUCACUUUGUUCUAA